GCGGCGGCUAGGGAUUGACCGCACGCUUUCUCUGCCAGACCACGGCGGCGGCCGAGCCUCGAGCACCCUGUCAGUCCGGCGACGUUCCUCCCCCGCCGCCCGCCGGUGCGUGUCCCGCCGCCGGCCCCCUCUCGCCUCCCCCAUCUCCGUUCCGAACCCCGAGUCCCGAGCGUCCCGCCUGACCCCAAACGCCGAGACAGCUCAUAAAGGUCAAGAAAAGGCCCCCACAAAAGGCCCAGGAGCCCCAAACCCAAACACAGGCCCAUCAUCUCCUGGUCCCGACCUCGCACUCCCCAUCCCAGCAUCCAACUCCAGCUCCACCUCGCCGCCGCCCCCACCAUGUACGGCGUCGGCGUCGGCGGCGGCGGAGGCGGGUUCAACGCGCCGUCCACGGCCUCCGGGCGGCGCAAAAACCAGGAGGACGACGACGACGAGGAGGAGGAGGAGACCGGCGACGGCCGCGUCCUCGAGGCGUGGGAGCGCGCCUACGCCGACGACCGCUCGUGGGAGGCGCUGCAGGAGGACGAGUCCGGCCUGCUCCGCCCCAUCGACACCAAGAACCUCGUCCACUCGCAGUACCGCCGCCGCCUCCUGCUCCGCUCCGCGGCCGCCGCGGCCCGCAUCCAGAAGGGCCUCAUCCGCUACCUCUACAUCGUCAUCGACCUCUCCAAGGCAGCUUCAGAAAUGGAUUAUCGCCCUAGUCGAAUGGCUGUUGUUGCUAAGUGUGCUGAGGCAUUCAUAAGGGAAUUCUUCGAUCAGAAUCCCUUGAGCCAUGUUGGGUUAGUGACAAUUAAAGAUGGCAUUUCUCAUCGACUUACGGAGAUUGGAGGGAGUCCAGAGUCACAGAUUAACGCAUUGAUGGGCAAGCUUGAGUGUUCUGGUGAUUCAUCUCUGCAGAAUGCUCUAGAACUUGUCAAUGGUUACUUGAACCAGAUUCCUUCCUAUGGUCACAAGGAAGUAUUAUUUUUGUACUCCGCACUGAAUACAUGUGAUCCUGGUGAUAUCAUGGAGACAAUAGAAAAAUGCAAGAAAUCCAAAGUUAGAUGUUCGGUUAUUGGGCUUGCUGCAGAAAUUUUCAUUUGCAAGCAUCUCUGUGAAGAGACUGGUGGAUCAUAUACGGUUGCACUAGACGAGUCCCACUUCAAGGAAUUGCUGCUUGAACAUGCUCCUCCACCACCUGCCAUUGCAGAGUAUGCUGCAGCUAAUUUGAUUAAGAUGGGUUUUCCACAGAGGGGAGCAGAGGAUCUUAUCUCCAUCUGCUCUUGUCAUAAGAAAAUUAAAUCUGGUGCUGAAGGUUACAUAUGUCCCAGAUGCAAAGUUAAUGUCUGUGAGCUUCCGACGGAGUGCCGAACAUGUGGUCUAACACUUGUUAGUUCUCCACAUCUGGCACGAUCCUAUCACCAUCUCUUCCCUGUAGCGCCAUUUGAUGAGGUGACGUUCAAAUUAGGUCAAAAGGGAGGACAAAAUUGUUUUGGCUGCCAGCAGAGUCUCAUUAACACCGGUGGCCAGUCUAAUAUCCAUGUCUGCUGUCCAAAAUGCAAGCACCACUUCUGCUUCGACUGUGAUAUUUACAUCCAUGAGAGCUUGCAUAACUGCCCCGGUUGCGAGAGUCAGUGCAGUUCAUCUCGGUAGAGACGCCGCCAUCAUGUGCAUUGUUCAGGUGUUGAUCCUUUUUUUUGAGUCGGAGCUACGCAUUGUUGUAAGCUUUCUGGUGCCCUGACGUUGAUGACAGUAUUGCUGGACAAUCGAACGGUGUACAGAUAACACCUGGCAUCCUUUUGUUGGCACCUCUUGUUAGAUUGUGCUAGCUAGUUAAGCUAUUGAUGCAGUUAGAGGUGGAGGUGCUGAGAGUAGAGCGUUGCGUUGAGAAGAGACUUGAGGAAUGUACGACGUGAAGAAUGGAAACCUGGUAGCUCUUGCUGUUUUUUCUGAAGCAAGAUCAAUAUAUGUUAUUUUCUUCA